CAAACUUCAAAUGGAUCAGCCAAAGGGCAAGGGUCCCUUUUUUCCAAAAACUACCACCUCACAAUCUCCCUAAAAUCAGCACGAACCCCUCCGGAUGUAGCGCUCAAAAGUGCGUCCCACUUCUAAAGCAGCUGCUUCAUCUCGAUGUUCUUCUUUAUCAAUAGCUACCACGACGAUUUCCCUUUUUCAAACACGCGGGCUCUUUCUCCCGGAUUCAUCGAUUUCCUGGAGCGUGACGUCCCGGCCAUCUAGAAUCACAACAACAAGCUGACUUCUGCCCCAUGGGAGCGUUUACAUCGUUAGUCGACGCUUUACCGGACACAGACUAGUUUACAGACUAUACUUUAACACAAAGUUUGCUCAAAAUAAUAGCCUCUUACAUAGGCUUCAUUUUCUUUACUAGAUUUUGCGGGACGCGAUGGAAGAAGAGCCUCAUGGCAGGAUAUCGGUGAAUAAAUACCAACCGACGGAGUUGAAAGUCAAAGAAGAAGAGGACCAUGGCGAUUUCAGUUAUCAAAGGCCAGGAGGGAGCCCAAACUCACACUCCGACAGUGGGAAGACUUCCUCGGAGUCAGGGGAAUCAGACAGAGAGCUGCCCAAAUCAGACAGACCGCACAACUGCUCUCUGUGCAGAAAGGGAUUUUCCCAAUUGGGACAUCUGAAAUUACACAAUAAAACACAUACAGGAGAGAAACGCUAUGGCUGUAUUCAAUGCGGGAAGAGUUUCGCAAGGUCAGACUAUUUAAAAAAACAUGCGAAAAUUCACAGUGUAGAGAAACCAUACAAAUGCUCUGUGUGCUGCAAGGUAUUUGCUAGGUCAGACAUCUUAACCAUACACACGAGAGUUCACACUUCAGAGAGGGUGCAGCGUCCCACCAAAGAGAAACUCUAUCCCUGCUCUCAGUGCGGAAAGCGGUUCUCUCAAUUGGGAAACCUCAAAUCGCAUGAGAGCGCUGUGCAUGCAGGAAAGAAGCCUUUCAACUGUCCUGAAUGCGGAAAGGGGUUCUCACAUUUUGGUAACAUGCAAAAACACCAGCGUGUGCACACUGGAGAGAAACCAUACAUGUGCCCUGAUUGUGGGACAGGUUUUUCCAGAUCACAUCACCUCAAAACACAUCAGCAAAUUCAUAAAGGGGAGAAGCCUCACUUAUGCACUGAAUGUGGGAAGGGUUUUGCUAGGGCAGACUCUUUAACGGCACAUCAGCGAGUGCACAGGCUAGACAACAAGCCGUACGGAUGUUCUGACUGUGGCAAAGCCUUCUCUUCAUUUGGAAACUUAACACAGCAUCAGAGAAUUCACACCGGAGAGAAACCAUAUCAGUGCUCUCAGUGUGAGAGAAGCUUUGCUUUUUCAACAGAUUUGAAAAAUCAUCAGAGGAGACACACUGGAAUGAAACCAUACUAUUGCUCGGACUGUGGGAGAAGUUUCACAACGGCAUCUUCCCUAAAAUCACACCAGAAAAUUCACAAAUUAUAAAAGUCAUGGUCUCCGUGUGGUAGUAAUGUCUCUCUACAUUGUCAAACACUAGCGAAAACUCAGCUGUCUAAAUUCUGCCGAUGGGGAAACCUUGAGGAGGCUCACAUUUUUCUUAGGAAUACUAGAGGCACAAUAUUCUCAUGGUUUAAUCCUUGGUUUAAAAACAGCAUAGGAAUUCAAUGUUUUGUUUUUAAUACAGUGAUUUUGGUUAAUUGGAUGGUUAUUUUUACACUGAAACUACCUGAAUUGUUUUUACCCAGAAAUCUCUUUAAUGUUUGAAUGUGUUUACUAGAUAGCUCCAGUUGUGUGAAUUUUAUUCUAUAUAUGUUGAUAAUGACAAGCAAAAAAACAUGACUAUAGGGAACAAGAAUCUCCUGCAAAUUAUGUUAACUUUUUGUUGUAUAACCUGCAUUUGUCAUAAGAGGGUCAGGACACAUUACAUUGCAAUCACAAAACAUAUGCAAUGUCAUAAGUUAUAUUGACAAUAAACUUUAGUUGCAAACUCA